CUUUGGUGUAAUAAAGAAACAAAAUUAGACGCGCACACACACGGAGAGAUCCGAAGCUCCGAAGCUCUCUGAAACACUAACAAAAACUCUCAGAUCCCAACGACGUCGUCGCAGAUCCACGAUCCAGAAUGUCUUCAUUCAGCGGCGAUGAAACGGCACCGUUCUUCGGCUUCCUUGGCGCCGCUGCGGCUCUCGUUUUCUCCUGUAUGGGAGCUGCUUAUGGGACAGCAAAAAGCGGGGUUGGCGUGGCUUCGAUGGGUGUGAUGAGGCCGGAGUUGGUGAUGAAGUCCAUUGUUCCUGUUGUUAUGGCUGGAGUGUUGGGUAUCUACGGCCUUAUUAUUGCCGUUAUCAUCAGUACCGGGAUCAACCCAAAGGCUAAGUCAUAUUACCUUUUUGAUGGUUAUGCACACCUGUCGUCUGGUCUUGCUUGUGGUCUUGCUGGGCUCUCUGCUGGUAUGGCGAUUGGUAUUGUUGGCGAUGCUGGUGUUAGAGCCAAUGCACAGCAGCCAAAACUUUUUGUUGGAAUGAUUCUCAUUCUCAUCUUCGCUGAAGCACUUGCCCUCUAUGGCCUUAUUGUCGGCAUUAUCUUGUCAUCUCGAGCUGGUCAGUCCAGAGCAGACUAAGAAUGUUGUUGUUACCAAAUAUUCUUUUACUGCUUUUUUGUCCACCGGAUAGUAAUGGCUGGAUGGCACUUGGAGGAUUCUGUAGAAUUAUUUAUGUGGAAGUGACUGCUCUACCCAGCAAUGUGGUGGUAUUUUGCUCGUAGAAGUAGGAUCGAGUUUCUCUGCCUAAUAAUAGCUUGUGAAGCUGUACUCUCGUUUGGUUUUAUCUAUUGAUGUAUUUUUCCAUUACAAAUUCCAACUGGUAUAGGGUUUAUGGUAAUGAAACUGGUGCAUGUAUGAUUUUGUUUAACCAUUUCAAAUGUCUGCUUUAUCUGCUUCAA